AUGUUACUUUCUUUGUCAGGGUGCAGCAGAAAUUAUACCCAGUCAAAUGCAAGAAUCACAAGCCCUGGCUUUCCUAAGCAGUAUUCUGCAAAUCAUUUAUGUAUUAUCCAAUACCAAGCUCCUGUCAACACAACAUUAGCCUUGUAUUUCCGUCGAUUCAGCAUGGAAUAUCAUCCCAAUUGUCGUUGGGAUUCCUUAGAGGUAUUCAUUUGUUCAUUUCUACUCUAAAUGUUUCCUAUAUAUUAUGUCCAACAUUAAAUUUAACAGUUGCGGUAUUCAUAGAUAACAAAUUAUGGAUGUAAGAAAGGCUUUAUAAAAAAAAAAAAGAAUUGAGAAAUUCUUUUAAAAAAAAAAAAGAAUUGAGAAAUACUUUCCUUUUAAUAUAAAGGUAUUAUAGAUAUCAUAAUUAUUGGUGUAGCAAUAAUGUUCAAGGUAGUUCAAGUUAAAAAGAAGUGCAAAAAGAAACAGUUUAAAAACAUACGUAGGGGAGUUUUAAAGCAUAUAAGCUGAUUUACAUAUUUCUUAAAAUGUUAACCUCUUUACAUAACUUCUAUAACUUAGACAGUAAAGGAAAAUAAUUUUUAUUGAUAAGAAAAGUGGCAGUGAAAAGUUUGCAUUGAAAUGCAUCCGCCUUAUUGUUACCGCAAUUAUCCCAUUCCUUUGAAACGGCAGCAAUUUAUUGAUAUGGCCCUGACAUAUUGAACCAAGCUAUUUUAAUCAAAUAUAGUUUUCACAAUGCGUUUUUAUUUUUCUAAAUUAAUGUAGAACUUUGUUUAACUGUUAAUGCCAGUAGGUUUUUAUCUUAUCCGGAUUUUUUUCAAAGUGUUAUGAAGUUUUGCCUUUUCUGCUAAUUUUGUGUUUUUGGAACCUAUAUAUAUGGAAAUGAAAACUGUACAUUUUUAUAGGGCACAUAAGUGAAAUGCACUUUUCCCUUUUUAACAUCACUCAUACUGCUCUGUUAUUCCUUGAUGAGCCCUCCUUAUAAAUAUAUAUUUUGUUUCCUCAUGCUUUAAUAAUCUUAACUGUUUUAUUACAAUGUAUUUAAGAAGUGUUCGAAUAUUCUUCUGUCUUCUUUAUUUUCAGAUUUUCAAUAGUUCAUCUGUAUCCAUAACAAAGCUUUGUAACGAAGCCAUUCCCUCUCCAAUAUUUCUUCCGGACAAUAUUGCCAUGCUAAAGUUUAUGACGGAUGUCGUGGUACACAAGGCUGGCUACGAUAUCACAAUUAUUUCAUCAACUGCAGGUAGGCCACUAUGUGGGACAAGAUAAUUCAUGUUAUUUAGUUCUGUGCUCAUGCAGUUAUGUCAUUCGAUUGCCUAGAAUCUUUAUUAGUCAAAAAAGUAUUGGUAUAAUAUAUAUAUUUAAAAACUAUCUAACGCUCUAUAACUCUCUAUACCUCUCCCAAUCGGCAAAAGAGCAUUCAGUUUAUUAAAAACACAUGCACGUACACACACGCACAUACACAUUUUGUAUGAUUCCACAACUUUUUGAAAUGUCUUUCAAUCAUAGAUAGCCUACCUUUAUGUCCUACAAUUGUCAUUGUAUAUCCUUAGGGUCUGGAUGUGGUGGUGUUAUAAAUGAAACCCGUUUUGGAGCAGUCACUAGUCCUGGCUUCCCUGGCAACCUCAACGUGAGUCAGACCUGCUCAUGGUUGAUCACACCACCCAGCCGCACCACUCUGUAUUUCAAAUUUACAGAAAUGAACAACCAGAAUGGUACCUGCAGCAACAAUUAUGUAGCUGUGUAUCNU